UAAGGGCUGCCUCUUCCAGGCAGGCAGGCAGGCACUAGUCUGCACCUCCGGAAGCAGCCUGCCAGCAGAGGCCCUGGAUAUCUCACACCCAGGCCACAGAACCAUGAGCCAGGACAGCAAAGUGAAGACGACAGAGUCCAGCCCCCCUGUCCAGUCCAAGGCCAGGAAGACGCUGCCUGUCCUGGACCCAUCUGGGGAUUACUACUACUGGUGGCUGAACACGAUGGUCUUCCCUGUAAUGUAUAACCUCAUCAUCAUCGUGUGCAGAGCCUGCUUUCCCGACUUGCAGCAUGGUUACCUGGUGGCCUGGUUCGUGCUGGACUACACUAGUGACCUGCUGUACCUACUGGACAUCGUGGUGCGCUUCCACACGGGAUUCUUGGAACAAGGCAUCCUGGUAGUGGACAAAGGUAGGAUCUCCAGUCGCUAUGUUCGCACCUGGAGCUUUUGUUUGGACCUGGCUUCCCUGGUGCCCACAGACGUUGCUUACGUGCGGCUGGGCCCGCACACACCCACGCUGAGGCUGAACCGCUUUCUGCGUGUGCCCCGCCUCUUCGAAGCCUUUGACCGCACGGAGACCCGCACGGCUUACCCCAACGCCUUUCGCAUCGCCAAGCUGAUGCUCUACAUUUUCGUGGUCAUCCACUGGAACAGCUGCCUCUACUUCGCCCUGUCCCAAUACCUGGGCUUCGGGCGCGACGCCUGGGUGUACCCCGACCCCGCGCAACCCGGCUUUGAGCGCCUGCGGCGCCAGUACCUCUACAGCUUUUACUUCUCCACGCUGAUCCUGACCACCGUCGGCGACAUCCCGCUGCCGGAGCGGGAGGAGGAGUUCCUCUUCAUGGUCGGCGACUUCCUGCUGGCCGUCAUGGGUUUCGCCACCAUCAUGGGUAGCAUGAGCUCCGUCAUCUACAACAUGAACACUGCCGACGCAGCUUUCUACCCUGACCACGCGCUGGUGAAGAUGUACAUGAAGCUGCAGCAUGUCAACCGCCGGCUGGAGCGGCGCGUGAUUGACUGGUACCAGCACCUGCAGAUCAACAAGAAGAUGACCAAUGAGGUGGCCAUCUUACAGCACUUGCCAGAGCGGUUGCGGGCAGAAGUGGCUGUGUCUGUGCACUUGUCUACUCUGAGCCGGGUGCAGAUCUUCCAGAACUGCGAGGCCAGCCUGCUGGAGGAGCUGGUGCUGAAGCUGCAGCCCCAGACCUACUCACCAGGCGAAUAUGUCUGCCGCAAAGGGGACAUUGGCCGAGAGAUGUACAUCAUCCGCGAGGGUCAGCUGGCCGUGGUGGCAGAUGAUGGUGUCACACAGUAUGCCGUGCUUGGUGCAGGGCUCUACUUUGGGGAGAUCAGCAUCAUCAACAUCAAAGGGAAUAUGUCUGGGAACCGCCGCACAGCCAACAUCAAGAGUCUAGGUUAUUCGGACCUGUUUUGCCUGAGCAAGGAAGACCUGCGGGAAGUGCUGAGCGAGUAUCCACAGGCCCAGGCCGUCAUGGAGGAAAAGGGCCGUGAGAUCCUUCUCAAAAUGAACAAGUUGGACAUAAAUGCUGAGGCAGCUGAGAUUGCCCUACAGGAGGCCACAGAGUCCCGGCUACGAGGCCUCGACCAACAACUGGAUGAUCUACAGACCAAAUUUGCUCGUCUCCUGGCUGAGCUGGAGUCAAGUGCACUCAAAAUUGCUUAUCGCAUUGAACGGCUGGAGUGGCAGACUCGAGAGUGGCCAAUGCCUGAGGAAUUGGCUGAGGCCGAUGACGAAGGCGAGUCUGGGGAGGGAACUUCCAAGGAUGAGGAGGGCAGGGCCAGCCAGGAAGGACCCCCAGGCUCAGAGUGACCCCAUUCCUAUCCCUAAGAAUCCAGAAUUAUAGGACAGCCUCCCUGCAGAAACUCUGCCAUCCAGUCUGCUAGGUUCCAGAGAUGGGAGUGAAUUGGGUCUGCAGAUGCCCACCUGGAGAUGUAGGAGUGUAGCACACAUUCAUUCCCCACUCACAAAUGUGUGCACGCAUGUGCACGUGUGCACACGCACAUACACACACACUACAAUUGCACAUACUACUACAUACAUUGGCCCCAAGAAUGUUCAUUCCAUAUAAAAUGCUCUAGAAUUUCCAUUCUCGGAGCACACAUGCUUGCUCACAAACAUAGAUAUGCCUUAUACCUACAUGAUAUAUGCACAUUCAGUCAUGCACCUCAUAAACACAGAUAUACUGAGAGUCAUACACCAAUAGACACACAGAUGCCCUCCACACACUUGUAAAUACACAAAAGCACACCCAGAGCCCUCUUGUUCCAAGAUAUCCUUUAAAUGCCCCCGUCACAGGUGUACCUUGCA